AUGCGUCCUCGCAGUUGGCGAAAAGAUGUGCGUAGCUCAUGGAACCGAUGCCUUGCAUCGGUGAUACGCUUCGCAGAUGUGUAUAUGAACUAUUUCCGCGUCCACAUGCUGUACUUUGUGUUCAUGACCUUGUUUUGGUCAGCUAUCAUGUACGCAUCCAAUCCAAAAGACCAUUAUGUACCCUACACGGACUGCCUGUUUCUUUGUGCGUCUGCUGUCACAGUCACAGGGCUUGUGACUGUGCCUGUGAGUCAAUUGACGUUGUGGCAGCAGAUAAUCUUGUUCUGCCUGGCUUCGUGUGGAAAUCUUGUGAUUGUCAGCACGACGACGGUACUUGUGCGCCGCCAUUGGUUCGCGAAGCGGUUCCACAAAGAGCUUGAGCGUAGUUUUACACUCCGCAAGCAGGUGGAAGAUGUUCAUGCGCGCGAGGUUGAGGAGAGGACGCAAGAGAUCAAGCGGCUUCGGCGGUUCUUCCAUUUGCGAACGCAAGACUCAAUGCAGGAUCAUAGGCGGCAGCCGUUUACUUCGCGAAAGCAACCGCCGCACAAACUCCACGCAGGCAUGGUUCAUCGCGUGCAAGGACCGGCCGUGCAAGUGAAUCCGACUGGACAACACACCACACGUGUGGAUCAUGUCGAGGUGCCAGAGUCUGCUGGUGCUACAGGUAUUCUGAGCGGUUCUACCGCGCCAGAGUCUGCUGCAUCAGCCCUACAUGGACGUUUGGAUGCAGGAAAGUUGUUCAGGUCCUCGUCUCUGCGGCAUUCGAUCGAUGAUCUGUUUCGUGCGAGGCCGUUGACCAAGUCCGCUACGCAUGGCGGUCCCGACGAUGAGCAGCCAAUGAAGCGGCGUCGCUUCUCGUUCAAUGACAUGUCGUCGCGGUAUUAUAAAGCAUCUGAUGUUGCAUCUGGUGCUCGCUUGCCCCGUGUACAGACAGUUGAUCCAGCGAGCAUUCACCAUGAUACUUCGUCUUUGAAGUCAUUGCGUGUGCGGCCGGCGAUGCGUAUGCCUCAGCAUGCACAUACCUGGGCUUUUGGCGACGCGAGUGAGAAACACCUGCAUGCGGAUAUGAGUGAUGACGAAAACGAUGAUGAUGAUGACGACGACACAAGGGGACCGAAGGAUCUUCGAUCGCUCCCGGGCCAUGCGCUUCAUCGGACCAUGACGCAAAAACGUGACACCGGACUCGGCGGCUUUCCCAAUGUGCUUGAUUUUGCCGUCUCGCUGGUUGAAAGUUCACACUUGCGGCAGCGCAUGCAUGUGCCCACGGUGCGCACCAUGACAACCAUGCAGCCUGCUCUGUCAGGUGACGACAGCGCAAGAGACACGAGAUUUGCGCCUUACCUCACGUUUGAUGCGACCGUCACAGGGAAUUCACACUUUCGGAACCUGACGGGUGCGCAGCGCCGGGAAUUGGGUGGCGUGGAAUAUCGAGCACUGAACCUGCUUGCCUGGCUCAUUCCCGUGUACUGGCUGACGAUUGUGUGUAUCACCAUUGUGUUUACAGCGCCGUACCUAGCCUCCGGUCCAGGCGCGCAGUACCGCGAAGCUCUGCAGAAGCAGCCGAAGCCACCCCACAACUCGACAUGGUUUUGGAUUUUCCAGACAGUGAGUUCCGUCACAAACUUGGGCAUGUCGCUCAGAGACGAUAGCCUCACGGGCACUAUGUCGAAGGCGUACAUGGUCUUGAUUCCCCAAAUGAUCCUGAUUGUCGUUGGAAACACAGGCUUUCCUGUCAUGCUUCGCUUUGUGAUCUGGUGCAUGUCGCGAUGCGUAUCGCGAAGAUCGAAAAUGUAUGAGACCUUGAUGUUCCUGCUGGACCACCCAAGGCGCUGCUUCUUGUACUUGUUUCCAUCCCAAAAUACAUGGCUUCUUUUUGCUGUACUUUUGAUUCUUACACUGGUCGACUGGUUCUUGCUGAUGAUCUGUGAUCUGAACUUGCGGCAUGGUUUUGCCAGUAACGGGACGUGGGUCCUGGCCUCGCUGUUUCAGUCGGUCUCCACGCGUUCGUCGGGCUUCCAGACAUUCACUGUUUCGCAACUAUCGCCGGCUGAGCAGCUGCUUGAGGUGCUAAUGAUGUACAUUGCUGCAUUCCCGCUGAUGAUGACGAUGCGCAGUACGAACGUGUACGAGGAUCGCUCCCUGUUCGUGGAAGAGACGAACGAAGAUGCCAAGUCUGAGAAAUUGGAGCCAGACUCCCAAGCUAUCUGGGGCCGUUUCUUGGGCACACAUAUUCGGAAUCAGCUUGCGUACGAUCUGUGGUGGGUCAUGCUCGCUCUGUGGGUUGUACUGCUGUGUGAAAAGGGCAAAAUCGACUCAGCCGAGUUCUCGAACAUGAGCGUGUUUGGUAUUAUCUACGAGCUCAUGUCUGCGUAUGGUACGGUCGGCAUGAGUUACGGAGCGACGAGCAAGUCGGCAUCACUUGCUGGCGAUAUGUCAGUUCUUUCGAAACUCGUGAUUACGGCUGUGAUGAUCCGUGGGCGUCAUCGAAACUUGCCGUCAGCUGUCGACCGAGCGGUCAUGCUUCCUCACGAUCUUCAUCAUCAUGACAACGUCCAGGACGUUAAAAGAGACGAUCCAGUCGAUUCCAUGAACAAAGUACCUUCACGCACUUCUAGUGUGCACGAACAAGCCACUGACACACCCGCUUCCACGUCUGAGGCGGGCAUGCCUCCUCGACUUCAUACGCACUUUGUUGAUGAACCCAUUAUCAUGAAUGACGGCCCUACGGUCGAAUCACCCAAGUCAAUGUAG